AUGAACUGCAGCAAAAACCCUGACUUUGUCCUCUCAGGACUGUCCCGUGACCCAGACAAAUCACAGCUCCUCUUUGGUCUCUUCCUGGCCCUCUACUUGCUGAGUCUCUUAGGAAACUCACUACUGCUGCUGGCUAUUGGCGCUGACAUCCACCUCCACAGCCCCAUGUACUUCUUCCUCAGCCAGCUCUCCCUGGUCGACCUCUGCUCCACUACCACCACAGCCACCAAAAUGCUGGAGACUUUGUGGACCAGUAAUGGACUGAUCUCUGAGUGCCUGGCCCAGUUAUAUUUCUUCCGUUUUGCUGAUAUGGACAACCUACUUUUGACGGCCACGGCUAUCGACCAUUACGCUGCCAUCUGCCAUCCCCUGCACUAUGCACUCCUAAUGACUCCUUGCAGAUGUGCACUGCUGGUGGGUGGGUCAUGGGGAGUGGCCCACUCUGUCUCUCUUGUCCAUGCCCUGAUGCUACCCCAGCUCUCAUUCUAUACUAAUCAAGAAAUUCCCCACUUUUUCUGUGAUUUUGGACCACUCGUUAGACUUUCCUGCUCUGAUAUCCACCUCAAUGAGGACCUGAUGAUGGUUCUGACAGGACUCUUAGGAAUCAGCCCUCUCCUCUGCAUCAUAACCUCCUAUGCCCAUAUUUUCCUUGCUGUAUCUCAGGUCCCAUCAGCACAAGGGAAAAACAAAGCCCUGGCCACAUGCAGCUCCCACCUCUCCACGGUCAUCCUCUUCUACAGCUCGGUCUUUGCCACCUACCUGAAGUCCCCGUCAGCUCCUCAUGCCUCUGGGGAGCUGGGUGCUGCUGUCAUGUAUGCCCUAGUAACCCCCAGUCUCAAUCCUUUCAUUUAUAGUCUAAGAAAUAAGGAAGUGAAGAGAUCCCUGAAAAGGAUUCUAGGCAUAGAGAGUUCAUGGCAUUAG